AUGUCGUGUUUGAAGUCCAACAACCGGAGAGUUUGCAAUGUCGCGUAUGCGAAGUGUGCUUUGAUUCUGUGGAAGACUUGUUGGAUCAUGUUUCCUCUCAUGUUGUACUGCCGACUCCAAACGCAGCAGCACAGGGCCGCCAGCGAGCCGAGUAGCCGUGAUAUUGUCAGUGGGCGUGACAUGACGUCUUCGUUGACCCCAUGGGCGCAGACGCGGACUCCCCCAAGUUCGGACGGUGGUGUGAGCAAAAAGGUGGCUACCAGUAGCGACAAGUUCCUCAUGAAGGGCAUGCAGCUGUUGACAAAACUCUGUCUAAAGAAUGCCAUGGACGUCAGAGAGCUACAGGUGGCCACACUGCUCACGAUUCAGAUGCCCAAAGACUCCGAUUUCAUUGCUCAUGUGAUCACAGCAACUCGCAGUUACAAUGAUGAGCAGCUCAAGGCGAAAUCUUCGGGAGGGCAAGCUCCGGUAGGCCAGCCGCAUUGCCACGCAUGGAUUGCGAUGCUUGAGACGCUGUUGCAACAAAAUUCCGUUACAACCGCGGAGCGGGAAGCAGUGCAAAAGCAUAUACAGGACUAUUGUGGCAGUCAAGCAAUGGUGGUGGCCACUGUGGUUCACGUUUGCCGCGUCAAGAAAUGCUUCGACCAGUCCAAGAUGAAGGUGUGCAUCGCGGUUAGCGACGAUGUCCGGCCUGUUAUGUCCAUCCUGCAGAAACGUUUGCAUGAGAAGGGUGGUAAAACUCUUCAUGGCCAAGCUCCGAAGGGGGCCUCGAGCGAGACAUCAGACGCUUCGCCUCGACUCGCAUCAAACGACUUGCUCACAAAGUGGGCGGAUCGCCAGAUCGCCCAACUGUACAACGGGGCCUUCGGCUCCUAUUCCUGGCGGAAUGCCUGUGCACAGGGCUUACUCCCGGGCGGCUCCUUUAAAGAGCUCUACGAAAAGUACCUCCCCAAUCUCCCCACCGCUGACCGUCUGGCGGAAUCGUCAUCCGGUAUCGCCUGCACUUCCCUCACUCUCAGGCGUGCGCCGAGGGAUGGGCAUCCGGAGGAUCGUUGCCAUGAAUUGGGGGAACUGGCCGCCUGGCUUCAUGAGCUUCCGGUGGAUCGGGUUCGGGUGCGUGAGGUUCUUGCCGCCCAGCUGCGGUGGUACCGGAUGGUGCCGAGGAGCUCGAAGCCGCCGCAGUCGAUGUAG